GGCAGCCCUGCUUCAACAAUUCUAUUUCUUCUUAGGCUUGGGUAUAUUCACUUUCUUAUUCCACGCCCAAAUAUAAUCUGCAAUCAUGUCUUUUAAUCGUGGAUUAAAAAGAGAUACCUACGGGAAUCGAAAUUUUAAUAAUCGUGGGAACAGUGGAGGAGGUGGAGGUAGGCCUGGUAAUAUUGGAGGAGGAGGAGGAGGUGGUGGAAUGGGAAGUAAUAUGGGUGGAGGUAUGGGUGGAGGAGGAGGAAAUAGCGGUAUGAAUCCUUGGGAAGGAGGAAUGAUGCCUGGAAGAGGAAUUUUACCUACUCCAAAUAAUAAUAUAUCUUUGGCUUCUCCGCAAGCCCAGUUAGCAAUAGCUAGUAAUCUUCUUUCAAAUUUGUUACGUACUCAACAAGAAACGCAACCGCAAGUACCAUCUUUACUCAGCCUUGGAAAUAAUUUUUCUGGACCAGGACCUAAUUUUCCAAAUCAACAAAACUUUUCCUCUGGACGAUUUAAUGAUCGUCCAGUAAGACAUCCAGUCAAGAAUCAACGACCUCAACCGUAUAAGAUGGGCAAUCGAGCCCGAGAUGGCCCUGCUGGGCGACGUGGCCCAUCUGCACAACAAUCUCGUGCACCCCAGUCUGGCAAUCAACGUAUGAAUGGAAACCAAAAUCAACAUCGCAACGAUAAAUCUUCUAAACCAAUUCCUGCCUCUAAACAAAAUCAGGCUGCCAAAAAGGAACAGCAGGACAAUAAGACCUCUGAUAAUGAAAAAGCAGAAGCACCUGUUGUUAAAAGUGAACAUAUGGAAGAGUUUGUGGAUAAAAAACGUGACUGGAAGGAUGAAAAGAACGAAGCAGAAGAAGUUAAAACUGAGAAGGUAAAAGAGGAAGAUUCAAAAGUUGUCAAUGAAAAAAUACAAAAAGAAGAAGAGGAAGAAGAAGAAAAGAAAUUGGAGAAAUCUUCUACUACUACUGCAACUUCUACUACUACUACUACUACAACAACUACUACUAUUCAUGCCGAUGUUACUAAUGCCAUUGCUGUUGCUACAGAAGAUACGUCUAAAGAAGCAAAUGCUGCAACCGCAGACAAGGAUUCUAAUAAAGCAACCGGAAAAAAAUCUGAAGCAAGACAUGCUGAAAGUCGUUAUGCGGAAGUACCAAUGAGCCAUAUGUUCUGUUAUAUAUGCAACAAACAUAUGUGGGACGGUUAUUCCUUUGAGAAUCAUUUACGAGGACGCGCGCAUCAAUUAAUGAUGGAAAAAUUAGAUGAAUCGUAUAAAUUGAAAGUUGAUCUAAUGAGACAUGAGUUAAGAGUAGCGGAAGAACAACGUGGACUGAGUUUAAAUAAUUCUAAACGUCGAGGAAAAAAGAUUCCUGUAGAUUUGAAUAUAAGAGAAUAUUGUACAAUGUGCGAUUUGAAUUUUUAUGGAACUUUGUCAACGCAUCGUAAAAGUGAAAAGCAUCAACAAUUGAAAACAUUUUUGCAUCCACGUUGUUUCCCAUGCUUAAAAGAGUUCCCAUCUCGUAUAGAAUACGACGAACAUUGUUUAACUCCUGCUCAUAUGAAAAAUGCCGUACAAUGUGAAGAACACCGAAAAAAUAAAAAGAAAGAAAAACUUGGAAAAGGUGAGGCUGAAGUUCGUACUGCUGAAGAUGAAGAAAAAGAUGUUGGUCCUGAUCAAAAAAGUGAAAAGGAAGAAGAAUCCGGAGAAUUUGAAUUUAUUACAGACAUUUCGGAAAAUUUAAAAGACAAGAAAUUCAAAAUACCUUCCUACAGAUAUUGUCGUCAAAAUCAAGUAUCCAUAGGCAAAUCUUUAGUAAAGGAGAUACAAGGAUAUUAUUGUGAAAAAUGUCGAAGAUUUAUGUUAUUAUCCGAAGACAUGAAUGCACAUCUUCGUAGUAUUACUCAUUACAGAAAUUUCGUGCAAGAAGUAAAAUCUCUUAGCCUUCCUGCAACUAAUUCAAGUACAGAAAAUAAAGAAACUGAUGAUAUAGAGUCUAAAAGAGAAAAUUCAUCACAAAAUAGCGAGGAAUAUGAAGGUAAUUGGAAACGUCGUAAAGUUACUCAUUCCGAAGGUGAAGAUAACGGAGAAUCUAAAGAAACACCAGAUAAUAGUAAUGAAAGUUCCUCUGGUCAAAAGAAAACCGAUGGCGAUGAAAAGUAUGAUCCGUUAGAAGCUGACGCGGAAUCGGAAGAAGAUGAGAAUAAUGAAGCUGGUAGUAAUAAUGAAAAAACUUCAGAAAAUGUUUCUAACGAACAAGAAAAGAAAACGUCUGGGGAAAAAAUGUGGUUAGACGUAGACAAUGACAAUGAUCAUCUUGAAUUAGGAAAUUUAAUAGAUGAAGAUGAUGAAAAAGAUCAUACAGAGCUUGAAAAAAUCACUGUGCCAGUUACCGUUGAAGUAACGCCACACACUCCACAAAUGAAUAAAUCUCCACGUGGCCGUGGAUAUUCUCGUGGACGCGGAGGAGGAGGGCCACGUGCACGAAGAUCUCGACGAUAAGAUAAUUGGGAUAUAUCAGCGCGUAUUUUUGAAUAAUCGAUUUCUCUGAAAAAUGCAGUGACAUUAUUAGGAACAAAAAUUAAUAAGAGAAAAGAUAAGAACGUCUAACGUAUUCUAUGGGAAUUACAAAAUAUAUACUUUUACAACUUAUUAUUACUAGCAAAGCAACACUGAACAAGUCUAUUUGUAAGAUUUUGAAUUUUACACGAGGCGGAAUGUCCACUAAUCAACUGUAUCUUAUUCUGAUAUAAUAUUAUAUACUUAUCGAUUAUCUGUCAAUCUUAAAACAUUGCUAUUAUUUCUUAAUAGCCUCGUAUAUAUUAUUACAAAAGUAAAUAUUAUUAUUAAUUUCUUUUUUAGUUGCCUUUUCUUACAAGCAAGAACUAUUGUGGUCUUACUCUUUUGACCCAGAUCCGCAAGAGGAUUAUUAUCUAUAUCAUUAUUUUUUUAUUAUAUAAUUAGUAUUUAUUAAAUGUUUGAGAUCGAAAGAAUGAAAUACACAAAAAAAAAGUAUAUAUAUAUAUACAUACGUACUACAAAACAAAUUAUUAAUAUAAUGCUUCGAAAAAAGAAAAAACUUCCAACAAGUUUGGAGUUUGUAAUUGUAGAUUUUAAUGUAAGGUGAUUUUUUUAUAUUAACAUUCUUAAACAAUAAUGUAAUAUGGUUUGGAUGUAUGAUUUAUUUGUUCAUUAUAAUGUUAUAGAAAAAAUCAUCUGUGCGAAUAAUCGUGAAUAAUAGAUCAAUUAAUAUACGUAAUUUCGUAAUUAUUCGUGAUUUAUAUCAAAUACAAUAUUAAUGUGAGUAAAUUUGCGUACGUGUGAGAACUAUUCAUUUUUAACACGAACAAAAUAAUUCUUGAAAUUGGUGUAUUAUUCGGUAAUGAUACGUAUAAAUAUCUGCGGAUUGAUAGGAAAUGUAAAUAAUUUUUUACUCUUUAUCAUUUUUAACUUCAUUCGUAUACAUAUAUCAAAUGAGAAAUUAAGAGAAUUAAAAUAUUUACAUUACACUAAGGAAUUGUAUUACUUACUAUUCAAUUAUGAAAUCCUCUAUAUAAUAAAAUGUCAUUCCACUUA